AUGGCGAACUGCAAUCACAUCAAGUUGUGCUGUACAAGGUUUUCGGCCGUUCUGUAUGCUCUUCUGCUCGCAACGACCUUCAACAGUGUACUGUGUGAUGAGUUUGAGGAGGUGUAUCGUUGGAAAAAGCUCGAUUUCAAUCAUCUCGCCGAGCACGAUCCUGAUGACUUCAUUUUCCACGACGGUGAAAUGGAACCGAAUGAUGGGCAGCUUAAUGAAACAUUCACACCAUAUCACAACCUUCCGAUGGGAGUUACUCAUCAUAAGGGACGUCUAUUUAUAACCAUUCCGAGGCGCCGCACCGGUAUACCGGCUACGUUAACCGUUGUGUCAUUGGAUCAAGCAGCGAAGGAUGAAAGAUCCCCAAAAUUGACCGCCUAUCCGGAUGCCAUCACGAACCAACUGAGGCGUUCUUAUGAACCGGAUCCAAAACGAUUGGUUUCUGUGUACCGUACACGCGUUGAUAGGUGCGAUCGAUUGUGGUUCGUCGAUACUGGUUUCCUAGAGUAUCCUGGCCACCGCAAACAGGUUCAAAGACCGUCGCUGUGGAUCAUUGAUUUGCAGAAGGACCGAAAGGUGCGCCAAUUCGAAAUACCGGAGGCAAUAGUCGCCGAGGGUCACGGUAUGGCUAGCGUUACCGUUGACCUGAUGGAUGGCGAGGAUUGUGAGAGUGCGUACGCCUACAUUCCGGACCUGGCCUUCUACCGUUUGUACGUGUACAGUUUCAAGGACAACCGUAUGUGGACAUUCCGGCACGAGUAUCUCUCUUUCGAUCCACGCAUGACGGGCUUCAGCGUGGCCGGUGUACGCUUUCGCUGGAACGAUGGCAUCUUUUCGCUAGCCUUAGGUGCAGUGAAGCCAGAAACAAGCGAUCGAAUCGUGUAUUUCCACGCAAUGGCUAGUACGUCCGAGUUUAAGACGAGUUCGAGCGUGUUGCGGAACGAGACACUGGCCCAAGCUGGUGGAUAUGAUCAUCUCUUUACGCAUCUUGGUGAACGUGGCAUCAAAACGCAGUGCACUAUUCAUCAGUUUGAUCCUGUCACGGGUGUCUUGUUUUAUGCGGAAGUAAAUCGAAACUCCAUCGGUUGCUGGAACUCGGCACAGCGUUUUGAACCAGAAACUCAUGGGAUCGUUCAUCUGGAUAAUAAGAACUUUAUCUACCCCUCCGAUAUGACGUUGGACAAUGAGGGCGAGCUGUGGGUAAUGACGAAUGGGCUGCCAAGAUGGAUAUACGCAUCGCUUAACCUCGACGAGUACAACUUCCGCGUGUGGAGACAGAAACCGGCUAGAGCGAUCGCCGGAACGAUCUGUGCGCCGGGUGCAUUGUAAAGCUCGGUAGGGGUGUGCAAGAUGUGAAAACACGUAGUUCUCAAUAAACACGUAGCGGUCUCAGUGGUGUAA